AUGCAAUCGUCAUCGGACUCACCAGAACCAUAUUCAAAUGGUGAUAUGAGCAAUACAGGCUUGGCGUCCAAGAACGUGCCUAAUACAACUAAUACAUCAAAGAAACGCAAACCCAAUCGUAUGCUACUCCAGCUCCUGGAAGAUUCGAACAAGUAUGAUAUGAGAAGCGAAUACUCUUUGCCUGAGACCUGGUUAAGAAGAAGGCAGAAAGUGAUCCAUGAGGAAGAUGGUGUUAAUGGGGUUGAAGAACAUUCUAAUGGGCUCACCACGAAAAAGGGCUUGGUUAAAGAAAAGCAUAUCCCUAAACCAUUGGCCUCUGAAGCAGCAAAAUUGAAGUCAAAGAAGAAUAUUUUAACCGGGAUAAAGGUACAGGGUGUAUCUGUGAAGCACAAUAAAAGUACUAAGGAAGUUGGCGCGCGUAAUGAAGGAAAAGUUAGAAAGAAGAAAUCGACAGAUCUAAGUCCUAUGAAAUCCGAAACUCAGUCAAUUAGACAAGUAUCUCAAUCAUCUGAAGCCAUUGAGAAGCAUAAGGUAAAACCAGAGUUCUUUGUCAAUCUACAUAAUAAUGUGCAGCUUUCGUAUGACUUCUUUGACUUUGAUAACAUGCAGGACUCUUUUGAAGGUUCUAUAACAAGUGCUGUAUUAUUAUCUUCUAAAGAUAGUGAUCCAAACAAUAGGGUUAGGCUGCACUCACUUUUGUAUCCUGAGCAUUUUGAAGAAUACUCCAUACCACCCACGAGCAGCAGUACAGAUUCAUUUAAUCCAAUGGUAGAAAUCGGGAAAUUGAUAGAAUAUGCUGUAAAUAUAUACUUUCCGGCAGCAUUUAGGAAAAAGGGACGGUUAAUUGUGAAGAGUCUGUAUUCGGCUUGUGAAUCACGCUCAAAAGAUAAGUUUGUGGGCUCUUUAAACAAGUAUAAUGAAUUAAUCAAAACAAUCCCGAGGUCAGAAAUUGUCUCCCACCUAAAAUCUUUGAAAGUUAUCCCCCUCUCAUUUAUCCAUGAAUUACUGCAACUUAUAUACUCUAGGUGUGUUCUGCCUAAAGUUCACAGCUUGAAAGAAUACCAAGGUUUCAGCAACUACGUGUAUGGGGAACUUCUUCCGAGUUUUCUAUCCACAGCAUACAAACAAUGUGAGAUGAAACCAGAUCAUAUAUUUAUGGACCUUGGCUCAGGGGUUGGAAACUGUGUCAUGCAGGCGUCAAUCGAGUAUGGUUGUAAACUAAGUUUUGGUUGUGAAAUAAUGAAGAACGCAAGUGACCUGGCAGAAAAGCAGCUACAUGAGCUACGGCAGCGUUGUAAACUAUGGGGUAUCGCAUAUAAACCUAUAGAAUUCUCGCUCAGAAAAAGCUUUAUAGAUAAUCCUGAGGUCGAUAAGUUACUGCCUAUAUGUGAUGUCAUUCUGAUUAACAACUUCAUCUUCGACACUAAACUCAAUCUACAAGUCGAAAAUCUAAUCCAAGUUCUAAAGCCUGGCUCCAAAAUCAUCACUCUCAAAAGUUUAAGGCCCUCUGGAUACACAAUCCGGUUUGACAACGUGGAUAACAUACUAAAUAGACUGAAGGUUGAGAAGUUCACUAUGCCAGAAGACAGCGUGUCCUGGACCCAUCGUGGUGGCACAGAAUACUACAUUUCAACAGUACAGUCAAACAUCGAUGAAUCAAUCUUUCAUUCGUACGCAAAAGGCAGAAUUAGGGACACGAAACGUAUCAAAUAUACCCGCUGA